AUGGACAGGGGGCGGAGGGAAGAGUCGCCCAUGAAUGCCCAAAGGGCCAUGGUGAUGCCUCCUGCUGUGACCCGCAUCUUCGAGCGCGUGGACCGAUUGGAGCCCCUCUUCGCACAUCGAGCUCACAAGGGCAAGCGACUUGGGCCGUUGCUGCAACAGUCUCCGCCUCCAAGUUUUCCAGAUCCUGUUAUUGACCUGGAAAGCCGGCCACCUCGUCACAGAGGAGACUCCUGGGACUUUCGAGGUGCGGACGACCAGAGCCCGAGGCAAAGAUGCGCCGACGUAGAGGUGUCGGAACCACGAGGCCGGGCGGCAGCCUUUAGCCAGUCCUACCCCCACCCUGCCUUUGCAUCGCCUCGACCGCCCAUGGGGCCGCGGUCCCCGCGCAGCCCGGCAAGAAGCAUCAUCUUUCGAGCUGUCUCAGCAGUCGCAUUGUUUCAAGUCGAAUCUGGACCAAGGUAA